AUGGCCCCAAUGAUGAUUGACCCGCCAAUCCAAGUACAAAAUUAUUCGAAACCCUCAAGAGUUUGUUCCGACUUGACAGUUGUACCGUCAGAAAACGCAUCCAGGCGAAUAAAGGAACUAUGGUGGCUUCACGGUCAUCCCCAUUCGAAGCGCUAUUCGGACCCGAGUCUCAUCAGUCUGGCAGCUCUAGUACGGCACGAUGGCUCAAUUUAUCGAGGAGAAAAAGGCUUCCUAUAUCCUAUAUCAACCGACGGUAGUACACCGUAUAAGUCCAUGACCUGGGAUGAAUUCGACCAGAUCACAGAGUCACUUGCAGCAUUAUAUGCGUCUCAACUACAAACCGAACUUCAGCACGCUAAUUCGUCCCGGCAUCAGCCUACAUUAGGUUUACUUGGCGGAGGGAGAACAAUUGAGUAUUUCUGCACUCAAUUGGCACUCCAGAAGCUCGGGGUGAGAGUCUUACUGCUGGCUGAGUCGAAUGCUUUGAGUGCUUUACAUCACCUGCUCAAAACAUGUCAUGCCGUAGCUGUUAUCACAGACUCUAAGAAUACUACUGUAGAUACAAAUGGUUUAAGAAAGCUUGAAAUGGUAGAGUCACUUCCGAAUGGCUCAAACGUCACAUCAAAGGAUGUUGAUGCUGUGAAAUUUCAAGAUUGGGGUGACGUGUGGGAGAGACACACUUUUAUCAUACAUUCGUCCGGGUCAACCGGAAUGCCCAAGCCUAUCAUUCAUACGAAUCGAAGUAUGAUGCUGAUUGCAAGAAUGUAUCGACUGUUUCAGGAAGUGAGCGUGGAGAACUGGUUUCUUCUCUUUCCACUUUACCAUAUCGCUGGGAUCUCAAUUGCACUAUCCGGGUUACCAAAUGGUCAAAUCCUCUCAUUUCCACCAUUGGUAUGGCCUCCGGCGUCUUCGACGAUCUUCGCGACAUGGAAAACGCUUUCAUCGAUGGGUCACGAUGUGGACACUGUUCAUUGCGCCCCUACCUUGAUCGAAAAUAUGUACGAUUAUAUUACAGAAAACGGUGGCGACUUUACCCCUUUGGCAUUCUUAAAACUUCUCCAACCUGGCGGAGCUGCGCUUUCUGAUAGUAUCGUCAAUGCCCUUACAGCGAACGGGGUAAACGUCAAGACAACUUACGGUAGUACCGAGAUUGGGCCUCCAUUCCGCUCGAUACCUCACACCCGUGACAAUCCAAAAUGCUACUCAUUCAGGAAUUUGUAUCCUGACAAUCCACAUCUGCAAAUGGAAAAGGUUGCGGAGGGAACUUACGAGUGUGUGGUUCACAAAGGUUUUGAACUAGCUGCCGAACUGUGGGAAAACAGUGAUGAACCCUACCGCACAAACGAUCUUUUUAUUCAAGACCCGCCGGGAAGCGGGUUUUAUGUUUUGCAAGGUAGAAAAGAUGAUAUUCUGGUGCAUUCGAAUGGCGAGAACACGAGUGCUGGACCACUCCAACUCGAUAUCCAGACAUCUUCAAAGAUCAUCGCCAAAGUCCUGGCAUUAGGCCACUCAAAACCAUGCGUCAGUCUUUUAGUCGAAGUCCACUCCGAGCAUGAUCCUUCCAGCGAUUCAACUCGAAGAGAGGUAUGGAAGACGGUACAGGCGGUCAACGAUCGAUAUCCAGGCCAUUCUCAGAUCAUGGAGUCUAUGAUAUAUAUACUUCCAGGAGGUGAAGCUUUACCCGUGACACCCAAGGGAAACGUUAAGCGAAAGGAAGCGAUGAAGUUGUAUUCGUCGAUCAUUGACAACUUCUACUCCAGCGAAGAACAAGUCAUACCAUCCAACUCAUCUCAAACGGAUGUUGGAAAUUACAUCCGCAAUCUACUAUCAUCUCUUUCCAAUGUUCCUGUCCAAGAAAUCCAUAGUUGGACAACAUUGUACGACCUAGGAAUAAACUCCCGACUCGCGCUAUCUCUCAAAGUCUCUUUAACAGCCGACUUGAAACAAUCCAUCUCACUAGGCACGAUUUUCGAAAACCCAUCCAUCAGCAAGUUAGUCGACUACUUUUCCCACGCCUCCUCUCCCGUUGACACGACUCGACCCCCAGAACAAGCCUCCAUCGAAACAGUCCACAGAAUAAUAUCCAAACUAGAAGCUGAAUUCAAGUCAUGGCCUCCGCGCACUAGCACCAUCUUCCCCUUGGCACAAAAAGAAACAGUUCUACUAACCGGUUCAUCUGGCUCACUCGGCACAUCUCUGCUCGCAGUUCUGAGUGCACACCCACAUGUCGACAAGAUCUAUGCCAUGGUACGAGGCUCCAAUCGGGCGGGCAAGCUGCGGAGGACGCUUGCGGAGCGUGGAAUGGAUACUUCUAUUAUAGACGAGGGGAAGAUUGAGGUUGUGAAUUUCAGCAUGCAAGAUCCGUUGCUGGGGUUGGAUCUAGAGAAGUAUGCGGAGUUGGCGAAUAUGGUUACGGUUGUGGUGCAGAAUGCGUGGAAGAUGGAUUUUAAUCUUGGGGUUGAGGAGUUUGAGGGGGAUUGUCUGAGGAACACCAUGUCACUUCUCCGCCUCACCCAAGCUGGCAGACCUAAACGUUUCGUCUUCACAAGCAGCAUCAGUGCCUGUAUGGGACCAGGUCAAACAUCGCCAACCGUCUUCGAAGAACCUAUUGGUAACGAUCCAACCGUCGCGCUUUCAACAGGUUACGCACAGAUUGAAAGAAUAACCCAAACAGCAACCCGCAUUCUAAACCUCCCAGUCCACCUGCUCCGUGUUGGCCAAAUGGCAGGCUCAACUACCACAGGGCACUGGAACGUCAAUGAAAUGUGGCCCAUCAUGUUCGCCACCGCCCUCCACCCCUCCAUAACAUCCAUCCCCUCCUUCCCCUCCAAACUCGUCGACUGGAUCCCCGUAAACAUCGCCGCAGCGACCAUAAGCGAUAUCAUCCUGUCGUACUCGCCUCUGCCCAUACCAGCACAGAAUCCAUCGCCGCCUACGACACCCGUAUCCGAUUCUGGGGAUAGGAAGGCAGAGUAUACCGUCCAUAACAUCACGAAUCCACAUCCGAUUUCGUGGUCAUCUCUUGUUGACCAACUCCGUGAUGCUACGGGGACGGAUGAGACGACCCUACCUACCAUAUCGAUGAAGCAAUGGGUGGCAAGAUUGAAUGCGGUAAAUACAUCACCUGAUGAGGUACCAGGGCUGCGGUUGUUGCAGUUCUUCGAGAAUAUGGCUGGGGAGGAGGAGAUGCAUAAGACUUUCGAUUCGAGGAAGACGCAGGAGAUCAGUGGUGCGUUGAGAGGCUGUGGGCAGUUUCAUUGGGAGUGGAUGAGAGCUUAUGUUGAGUGUUGGAGGAGGUUGGAGUUCAUGAGAUAA